UUUCACUCAGCGAAGGCGGUUGUGCCGCCGACGAAUGCGGCUCAAAGGAAACUUGGCUCGGAAAGUGUCUCGAGUGUGAAAUGCCAAGCUGAGAAAGAAACUCAAGCCCAAGUGUGUGUGUAAAAGGAUAUACAAAUAAGAAAAUAACAAAAAAAUAAAUACCAAACAAACAAAAGUGUUCAGCAACAAAAGACUCCUCACAGGAUCAUCAGGAUACCUAAAGCGCCUAAGCGAGGAUUUACAUAGGAGCUGCACAGAUGCAGCCCUAACGCAGAGGAAGGAUCUCGUCUUCGUCGCCCGGCUGAAGCAAUUAACUGAAAAUGUAGCAGGGGAAAGAACAUGGCCCAACUGGAACAGCAAAUGCCAUGCGAUGCAACUAGCAUAAACAAACUCAGAAAAUUCCGUGAUUAGGACGUGUUGUACCCUAACGCUCUAAAUGCAGACGAUAUGGGCACAACAUGGCCUCAGCACAGAUACGACAUUUCUAUAACACACCAACAACAAUUUCUUCAACAACAACAACAACGACACGCCAACUCUUACAACAACAGCAGCACACGAACAACUGCAGCAGCAACAACAACAGCAGCAACAGCAGCAAGCGGAAGCAAUUUCCAAGCGAUACGUUUCUGGGCCACACACAAAAACACAGAGAAUCGGAGGCAGUCACAGGAGCAACAGGAGCAACAUUAUGCCAGGCAACACCCGAGGCAGCAACACCACCUGGGGCAGCAACAGCUGGAGGAACAGCAACGGCAGCAGAUGAUGUACGAGAGUCCUGGACCGCAGAUGAGAUCGCUGCUAGCCUCGAGAACCAGCCCAGGAUGCAACAUCCCUUGGCCAGCAGUGCUGCUGUACUCCAUGUUGCUGCUUCUACUGCUAAACAGCAGCAGCGACACGAGCAGCAGCAGCAGCAGCAACACAAAUCCACUCAUCCUGCUGCUCCUGCCUGCUUGGCAGCUACUGCAGGGACUUCGGAGCGGGAUUGCUAUGCCACGAGCACUUCUUGCCUAUCACGUCUAUCUUCCAAAGCCAGUCUCAGUCAGGACUCUACGAAACCACACCAAAAAGAACAGCCACAACAACGAAAGCCCCUUCAGCACGUCGCCAGCACAAGGGACUCGGAUGCUUCCACUUCGACGAAUCCGGCUGUCAGCAUCCUUAUGGAUAUGCAAAAGUUUGCACGCUCUAUAUUUCCGCUGGUUAUCAUCUUCAAUCUGCUGCCUUUAUUCUAUGCAGGUACGUUCCCAAGAGUCAAUCAAAAGCAGUGUGAUCAGACCUUUGUGUCACGGAUCGGCGGUCCACAGAAUGGCAGCUUCUCGGCCCCGUUAUUGCACAACCAUCGCAAUCACUCACGCCAAUGCCUCUACACCUUCCUAGCAGGACCUGGACAGCGCGUCGAAGUAGUUUUUAAAUCGUUUAAUUUAAGAGGAAGUCCGCCAGACGGUUCGGCCGUCGGUGAAUUACCAAGUUGUGUUCAUGAGUACAUGGAUAUCUACUCGGAGGUGCAGUCGUCGGAGCCGGCGGAACUGAUCAAUUCGCCAUUCGGUGGCCGUUACUGCGGCACCAUUCCGCCUCGUCGUCGCAUUUCCAUGUACCGGGCAGUUGCGAUUUCGUUUUUUAGCAACAAAAAUGUGACCACGGACCUGUUCGAGGGCACGUUUAGGUUUAUAAAUGCAUCGGAAUAUGAAAUCGGCAUACCCAUUGCGGGCUCGCCAUGUUCCUACACGAUAACGCCAAGCAUGAGCGUCAACAAAACUGGUGCGCUCAUAUCGCCAACCUAUCCAGGUGCCUAUCCGAAGGAUAUGUCAUGCACAUAUCAAUUUCUUGGUGAAUCGAAUCAGAGAGUUAGAUUAGAGUUUCGUGAUUUCGAUCUGUUUUUUGGUGGACCACACUGCCCAUUUGACUAUGUGAAAGUGUACGAUGGUCCAGAUAAUUCGUCAGCAUUAAUCGGUACAUAUUGCGGACAGCAAAGAAACUUAGUUUUGUAUUCGAGCGAGUCGAGCCUUUUCGUUCAUUUUUAUACGUUACCGCGCACCGCAAAUACCCAAAAUCGUGGCUUUAAAGGAAUUUAUGAAUUUAGCGAGAGUUUUGUUAAAUUAGAUUUUAUACGUGAAAAUGAUGGCAUUCACAUACGUGGCUCUGAAUGUGAUCAAAAGAUUUUAUCGAAGAAGGAAUCCACUGGCUUUGUGCUCUCACCCAACUAUCCCUAUCCCUAUAUACCAAAAACUGUGUGUAGAUAUUUCAUCUAUGGCAUGCAGGAUGCCCAGCAUCUGGAGCGUGUACGCCUCGAGUUUAACGCUUUCAAUAUUCCCAAGGUGGAGCACAAGGACAAGAGCGAGUCCAACUGCACGGACGGUUAUCUAAAAAUCUAUCUGAAGGGCCAGGAAACAGCCGACGCCUAUGACAAGUUCGACUACGAGCUCUGUGGCAAUGAAACGCAGCGCGUUAUAAGCGAGGGACCCCGCCUGGCCAUGGUCUUCAGCUCCGGUGAGCUUCAAGGCCGCGGCUUCAAGGGCAAGUACACCUUCGAAACGGAGUACAAGAUCCCGGGGACAGCAGCGCCCGAUGGCACCUGCAGCUUCACCUAUGUGAGCAGCUCCAAGAAGCGCGGCGAACUAAACAGUCCACGGUAUCCCUCCAAUUAUCCUUCGGACACGAACUGCUCGUACCUCUUCCUGGCCGAGGCUGAUGAGCAGGUGACCAUUGUGUUUGAUCACUUCAAGAUCAAAGCGGACAACAAUGCCAAUGCCACGGCGGGAGCUUAUGGUUCCGGCGCCUGCUUUGAGGACUGGCUGGAGAUGUAUGUGGUCUAUCGGGACAACAAUGACCGCCUGCUGGGCCGUUACUGCGGUCAGACAGCCCCCGGACCCGUCGAGAGCCCCCGGGGAGCGGUGGGGCUGCGCAUCACUUUGCACACGGACCAGGAGAGCGUGGCCAGUGGUUUCAAGGCGCGCUACUUCUUCGAGUCUGCCAAAUCGGAUGCCGGCGACUGUGGCGGCAACUUCAGCAACCAGGACUCGGGACUGAUCACCUCGCCCAACUGGCCAGCGGGUUACAAGGCGCCAGGCCGAGGCAUGGCCUCCAAUGCCUGCAAUUGGGUAAUGAAGGCCCGUCCUGGCUACAAGCUGUCCAUACACUUUGAGCAGUUUGGCCUGGAAGGAGACCCAGCCAAUCGCGGCUGUCCUGCUGCUGUGCUGCGACUGUGGAUGGAUGUGGACUCUGACCAGCCGCCGCUGGAACUGUGCGGCGAAAAGCCACCCGUGGAGCACUGGCACUACACCUCCACCGGUCAGACGGCGCGCAUAAGCUUCACCACUAGUGACAAGACAGUGGGCGCCCAGGGCUUUCGCAUCGUGUGGACCGAGAUCCAAGACUCUGGUCCUGGACCACCGUCCGUGGGCCUGCACUGCGAGUCCACGUAUCACUUUCAGUGCGGGGCCGGAUACUGCAUCUCCGACAAGCUGCGCUGCGACGGAGUCAAGAACUGCGGGCCCGGCGAUGACACUGACGAAUUGCACUGUACCACGGAAGCGGCCGAGGAGGACUACGACGUUCUAAUAAUUAUAACACUUCUCGUCGUCUCGUCCCUAAUCUGUCUCCUAUGCAUACUCUGUCACUCCAGAAGAAACCGUAGGAACCAUGUCCGUCAAUUGGGCCUACAUCGCAAUGCACAUUACGACUCGCAGACGAGUGCCACAGCAGGUCUCAGCUCUAGUCGCCGGCAUUUGCAGAGCGGCGGUGCCAGCAUUGCGGGCAGCUUGCAUGGGAUCAACAGCGGCAACCUGAUCAUACCGCCAGCUCCCUUGCCACCCACUAGUGUGCCGCCGCCGCCCCACAUCUGCAUUGCCGGCGUGGACAUGGGCCAUGGACUGAUGAGCGGGGAAGAUGACGACGAGGACGACCUGGAGCUGGACGAGGACCAGCUGGCCGCGGACAUUUUCAUCAACGAUGUGCAUUUCGAUGAAGAUAAUAUCGACCAUGUCAACCAAAUGGCGAAUGUCUAACGAUGGUUCGGCGGAAGCGGAGUCUUAGGCACUUUUAUCGCAACCUUCAGUUUCGGUUUUAAAACGCAUUUAGAAUAAGGCUAAAACUAGGUAAUGGCGAACAAAGCAACUUUGCAGAGCAAGAGUAGUAGUUUACACAGGAUACACAGGCUCAUACAGCGACAGGGGAGGAAUCAGCAGCAGCAGCAGGAGGAGACCGGAAACGGAAACAGAAACAGAAAUUCAAAAGUUAACAAUACCUAAAAGACAAGAAAUUAUGCAAAAAUGCGAAUUGAUUAAGACAUAAAUUUAAUGGCGAUCAAAGCGGGGCGCGAUUAGUAGGAAAUAUAGAUGGAAAGGAGCGAAUGCGACGCUAUAAAAGUACAGUAGGGCGCGCAUAUUGUAGUUGCGAUAACACGAUUAGCCAGAAGCGUUUCACAUAAGUAAGGAAAGUAAAGGAUGGCGUGACGGGGAGCAUAAGCAACAAAUAAUAGCUACAUUUAAUAAACUAUAUUAUACACAUAGCGAAAUACGUAUGGCGAAGGGAAGAAGGAUUAUGUAGAAACCAGGGAGAAUGAAAGGGAAGCGGAAAUGGGCAGGAUAGAGCAAGCGGAAGUGCAGGAACGAAUCAUUUUCACAGCCACAGGAGACGACCGCGCAGACAGGACGAAGAAGAAAUAAAAUAAUGUUGUUGAUUUUUAUAUUUGAUACGAGUAAUAUUUAGGUGAAGCAUAAAUUGAAUUAAUUAUACAAACAGGAGAAUCGAAGAGCGUAAGCGUAAAUAAAACAAUACACACACACACAUUCGCAAACCGAUAGAUAAACCGAUAACGAAUAACGGCAGCAACAUACUAAAGGGCAUAAAACAAUAAUAAUUAACUACCUAUACAUACGCGCAUGACUUUUUAUUUAUACAUUUUGUACAAAAACUAAUGAAAAUGAAAAAUCUUCUACCCUUGAAGCUACACAAAUCAAACAUACAACAACCAAGAGGAGAAGUUGAAGAUGAAAUAAUGCAUAAAUAAAAGAAUUAGUGACUAUCAAAACUGUAUCUUCCAGCAAAGAAUAAAAGCAAAGAGUUAAAUGACGCUAAAUCGAGAGGGAGCGAGGUUUAUAUGAGAAUAAAAGAAAGAAACAUUUAAUAAAAAUUAGCGGCCCGCAGAUGGAAAAUGAAAUGAAAAGCGACAGAGAAAUGGAAAGAGAAUAAAUUCAAAGAUUUUUGUCUAUUUAAGCACAUUUUUAUAAACAUUUAAGGCGAACAAGAAUAUUUAUAAAAAUGUAUACGCUAAAGGGAACGAUAAUAAUAAAGUAAAUUAUACAAGAAGCUAAACAAAAGAGAUCUAAAAACACAAGGAAACCGAAUAUUUACAUUUAAUUCCACUUCAGUUUUGUGUAUGAUAUAUUUUACAUAUGUUUACCGUUAUUUUAUCGACCUUAUACAUAUGCAAAACCUAUUGUGAAUUUAAUAACGGCUUUAGUUCAUAUCAGUUUCCUCCGUUUUGGAGUCGAAUGAUGAUAAAUUCCCUGAAAUUUCGUCUAAUAAAUAAUAAUUAUUGGUUUCAUAGCGCACGUACGUUUUGCAAAGAAGAAAACAAAUUGAGAAAAAUUAAAUAAUAUGGCUUAAAUCAGCGAUGGAAACUUAAACCCGUUUAACGUAAAAAACCCCCAUUUAUAAUAAACGUAUGUAGGUGUUACAAAAAAUGCUACAUUAAUUAAAUAAAAGUAAAAGUAAAAAUUAAAAUUGAUAAAUAAAAACCAAAAAAAUAAAUACAAUUACAUUGAAGAAGUAAAACGUUGUUAAAUUGUUGCAUAAAAAAGCAUAAUGAUCAAGUAAUUCCUAAGAAUUAAUUCAUGAAAAUAAACCUUAGUUUAAGUGUACAAAUUUUGUUGUUGUAUUACAUUAAAACCGAAAAAGAACAAUUCAAUUAGUUAAUAAUAAAAAGGAAAACUCUGAAUU